UCAGUUCUCCUCCCAUUUUCCCCCACUUCGGCCAUUUCCCCACAAUUCCCUCUCAGUUAUCCCAAAUUUCCCUCACUGCUCCCCCUUUCUCCCGUUUUGCCCGCGUUUUUCCUUCGAAUUUUUUAUUUUUUCCCUUUUUUCCCUCCUUUUUCCCAAUUCCCCUCAGAGCCGCCCCCCCCCCUCCCCUCACGGGGGCCCCGCUCCUCCCUCGCAGCGCCUUUCCCGCCUCCGCGCCCUCAGCCAAUCAGCGGUCGAGCUCUGGGGCCCGCGGGCCAAUCGCAGCGAAGCGCGGGAAAAUUCAAGCCACCAACGGCCGCCGGCUCUGGCCUUGCCCACCCUGCCGCCGCCGCCACCAUGAGCCACCCCCGAGAUCUGCUGGGCGACAGCCGCCCCCUCGCCGUCCCGGCCAAAAUCCCGCUGAAAUCCAAGCGCCUGCGGACCAAGCGGGAGCGCAACGCCGCCAAGUUCGGCCCCAAGCUGCCCGUGAGGGGCUCCCGGCGUGGCCCCGCCGCCCCCCUGCGCUGGCUGCAGCCCCCCAUGCGCGGGGGUCUCGCCCUGGGGAGCCCCCUGCGCCCCCCAAAACCCGUGGUGAUCACUCAGAACCGCCUGUGCCACCGCGGCCUCUUCAACCACGAGGUCAGAUCGCUGGAUGUGCGGCGCCUGCUGACUCCCAGCAGGGAUAUCCCCCCGCCAGCCCCCCAAAUUGAGGAGGGGGAGGCCGGGGAUGUCUCGGGCGCGGCGCUGAAGGAGCUGGUGGCCGGCCUGGCCUCGAAGCUGGUGGGUUUUGGGGCGUUCGUGGGGCGGGACCUGGUGAGCGAGCGGCGCCGCAGCCUCGUGGCUGCGCUGCGGAGGCACCGACGGGGACCCGCCGACCUGGGGGUCUUCCUGGCCCACCGGACCCCCGCCCAGCCCCCAGCAGGUCAGGGGACACCCCGGGAAGAGGCGAGGCCAGGACGCCCAGGACCAGCGCUCAUUUUGGGGCGGUGGGAUGCGGGGGACGCCCCUGCUGGGACCCCCAACCCACCUGGUGUCGUCAAUACACUCCCCCGCGCCCCCAGCCCCAUUUUCGGAGCCCUCGGAGCGCGGGAGAACCCUUUCUCAUGGAGCUCAGCCGAGGAUGAGGAUGAGACCCCCGGGGGGCUCCCCCAGGCCUGGGGGGGUCCUGGGGGGCUCCCGCCGCCACCCCCCCCCUUUUGGGGGUUCCCACAGCCGCCCCAUGGGGAGGAGGAGGAGGAGGAGAGGGGGGAUGCAGGCUGGACCCCCAUUCCCCCCCUAUCCUUCAGCCCGGACCCUCCCCCCGGGAGAGCCCCCCGCACCCCCAGACCCCCUCGGGCCCCCAAAAUCUGGAGAACCGAGACCCCCUGGGACUCCCCGGGUCCCUCCCGCGCCCCCUGGGACCCCCCAAGACCCCCCUGGGACCCACCCCGAACCCCCCCCAGACCCUCCCGGGCCCCCCAACUCUGGAGCCGCGAGCCCCGCAAGGCGCCCCCCGUCCCCCUGCGACCCCCGUGGGACUCCCCCAGACCCCCGUGGGACCCCAGCCCCUGGAGCCCGGAGCUGCCCAGGCACCCCCGGACCCCCCAGCUCUGGGACCCGGAGCCCCCCAGGGCCCCGCUGGACCCCCCGAGACCCCACCGGGACCCCCCGGGCGUCCCAAGACCCCUCUGGGGUUCCCCAGAUCCCACCUGGCUCCCCCUAGACCCGCCCGGGUCCCCCCGCGCCCCCCAACUCUGGAGCCCGGAGCCCCCCUGGGACCCCCGGCCCUGGAGCCCGGAGCCGCCCGGAGCCCCGCAGGACGCGGAGCUGUCGCGAUGCUGCUGCCGUCGGCUCUGUCGCGACACAGCCCAGCGCCGCCCGCUCCGUCGCGACCCGCUCUGUCACUGCGCCGCGCGUCGCGACCCGUUCUGUCGCGACACGCUCUGUCGCGACACCUCCCGCGGCGCCCCCCCCCGCCCCGCCGCUCUCUGUCGCGACCCGCGCUGUCGCGACAUGCCCCGCUGCUGCCGGCAGCCCCCGAAGCGCCGCGGCUGCGGGUGCCUCUGCUGCGGGGGCUGUGACGGGGCGACCACCCCCCAAUAAACCCCGUUCGCUCCA